AUGUCUAGACAGACUCCAUUGUCAGCAAUGGACGAAGUACAGCUGAGGUUGCGAAUCUUGGAUCCUGUGUCCAGGCCCAUGUACUACGAGGGAAGCCCAAAUGGUAGCAGCUACAAGAGAUUAAGGAUUCUGAGCAUAUAUUAA